AUGGGGGCAAGAAUUUUAAUUCUGGGGAUAAUAAAAAGAAAUCUUCUAUUGAUGAAUCCAAGAAACCCCAAGGUAUACAAUGUCACGAGUGCCACGGUUUCGGGCAUGUUCAACGAUGAUAGUAAGUAUGUCUUGACUGACGAAGACUGUGAGAAUAGUGAUGAUGAUAUAGAUUCUAUUCAUGAGGCCUAUAAUCAAUUGUUUAAAGAGGGUGUCAAAUUGAAAACGAAAAAGAAGGAACUCAUGAGUGUCAUCGAGAAAAUUAGUAGUGAGAGGAACAAACUUAGUGAUGACAUUGAAUCUAAGAACACCGACCUUAAAGAAUUAAAAACCGAUACCACUAAUUUGAAAGAGAAGUUUGCCAAAAUUGAGAGAGAGCAUGUGGAUGCCUUGAAGGCUCUUAAAGCGUCUAAGGAUAGGAUUUUUGAAUUGGAGCAUGACCUUAGGGAGGCCACUAAGGCCAUAAAGCCUAAUGAGUUCACAAAAAGGGAAAUCAAAUUUGUGAAAUCUGAAAUUGCAAAGAAUGAGGUGGUGAGCGAUAAACCUGAAUCUUCUAUUAAAUCUCCCACCAUCAUUAAGAAUGCUUACAACAGUAAUCAUGCUCCUGAAAAGAAAAAUCUUUUUAUUUGUCACUACUGUGGUGGUCAAGGUCACAUUCGACCAUUUUGUUAUACACUUAGAAGGGACAAUCAGAGAACAAAGGGGAAACUGUUUGUAGCUCCUGUUAAUAAAAGUGUUCAGUAUGGUCAACCCAAUGUGGGAAGACCUCAAGUUGUGCGUCAGUCUUCCACAAACAUUAAGAGUGAGAAUUUUCAAAAGACUUUGAAUCAAUUGGCGAAUCAAACUUCUCACCUCGUCGAGGAAAUCAAAAAGUUGUCAAACUUGGCUAAUAAUAAUGGAGAGAUUGAUAGGAUUGUUGAAAGACGUACUACACACGGUCACACCUCGCAUGUGAACACCAAACUGAAGCAAACAUGGACGAGAGUUGAUGUCGUUUGUCAUGUAGCACACACUGCUUUUCGGGCACAUGAUGCCUGUGCCUGGUACUUAGAUAGUGGAUGUUCAAGGCACAUGACUGGAAAUAGGUCUUUCUUUGCUAAGCUAGAGAAGUAUAAUGGUGGUUUUGUCACUUUUGGCGAUGGUAAUACGGGUAAAAUCAUAGGACAAGGCACCAUAAACGCACCCGGAAUCCCUCCAUUAGAUAACGUAUUAUAUGUUGAGGGUUUGAAAGCUAACCUGUUAAGCAUAGGGCAAUUUUGUGAUAAUAUGCAUGAAGUCAAUUUCUCUAAAAAUAAUUGCUCUAUUGUUGAUGCUUUGGGUUUGUGUGUGGUUAAAAGUGUUCGUUCCUCAGAUAAUUGCUAUUGUGUUGAAAUUGCCGGUUCUAAUGUGUGUCAUCAAGUAUUGUUUGACGAUGUACAAAUUUGGCACUAA